AUGGCCGGUCAUUUAGCGGAACGACCGUCAAUCGAAGAAUGUCCCCGUGACUAUCUAAAGUAUAGAGAUAAUGGAAGCGAGGGUCGGCACGAGAGUCCCCGGACACCGGCAAGGGCAGUAAGGAAUAAUCGGGGCAUCAGAAGUCCGGGAGGCAGAGGCGUCUACGCGCCGGCUGCGGCCGCGACACAAUCUGAUUUAUUGGCCGAACAGCAGUAUUUUAUUCGGCGGGCGCCUCAAGAAAACUAUAAGUUUCCGUUCGGCAGGACCAGGGGAGUUGCCCAG